CUGGUUUCCAUUGUCUACUGUUUUUAUUCGGGGGUGGGGGGUUUUCUCGUUCUGUAGCUAUCGCCUUGCCUCGUUUCUCUCUCUCCCCCUGGCUCCUGUUCUCGCUCCGGAGAAACCCUAGUACCCAUCGCCUCGCUUGGAUCCCUUGUUCUUGGAAUCACCGAUUCCAGACUCAUCAUCAAUGGUUUUGUGCACUGAAACAUUGGUAGUCCUUGAACUUAGCGCGGGGCUCGAGGUUUGUCCAGCUUUCACAAGAACAUUGGUUUCUUUGAUCUUAUUUGAUGACACCAGUGUCUGCUAAUAAUUGGUUGUCGCUUAAUCUCACUACACAGUUUUUUCUUUUAUCUGGAAAUGGACCGUUGUGAUACCUCAGGAUUUGUUAGUGGAGGAGGCAAUUACUUUUUAAAGAGCUUCUGGUCUCUGUUUUAAUUCUUGUUAACUACUUAGUUCCAGAAGUCAGGCUGACUGGCUGUUUUCUGUCAAGGGUUGGUUGAGAUUGGAGAUCUUUCCUGCAGACAGUGUAUAUGGAUAACAGAUUUGGGUGCUCUGGAUUGGCUGUCAGUGCCUCAUCGGUAAAUUCUUCUGUGUCUUGGGGCAGAGUUGGAUCAGAGGCCGAAUAUCAUGCAGACACUACGUUGUGCCUUAAUUCUCCUGGCACCUCCGGUCUGUAUUUUAACUUGAAAGGAACAAAGAGGAAGUGGGAUGAUAUUGAUGGAACUGAAGGUCCGAAAAAUGCUUCAUUGGCGCUAAGUUUAAGGUGUUCAUCAAGUUCCUCAGACAGUAGCAAGAGGAGCUCAGCAACUGCUUGUGCAAUGUCUUCACCCAAGGAAACUGAUGAUGAAUCUUCCAUGGAUCUGGGCCUAAGUUUUCAUCUUAAUCUUGGCAAUGAAAAUGCACCAAGCCCGAAGAAACCUGCUUUUGCUACUCCAAAGGAGCCUAAGUAUGACCUUAAAUUAAGUCUUUCAAUUGGGCCAUCUCAAUCGGUUAUUACGAGCAUCAGUCCAGAUGCAGCUCAUCAUCAGGAUAUCUUGGACUCAUCAGUAAUGGUUGGUUCCAUGCCAACUUUUGACGAAGGAUCAACAUCGUCUCGAGGGAAAUAUGGGAAUAACUUAUUACCGCACCCAUAUGCCUCUGAGAAAACUGCUGGAUUUGUUUCUAACCAAAUGAUUCCUUGGAUAUCUGGUUCGGUUCCAGCACAUGAUCUCUCAUCUAACUGGGGACAGAUGCUGAAAAAGCCUGUUGCCUCUAGUUCUGGGAUCACUCAUCCACAGCAGCACAGCAGCAGUAUGAGAAACUGUCAGUUCCAGGGAUGUGGAAAAGGAGCCAGAGGGGCUUCUGGGCUAUGCAUAGCCCAUGGUGGGGGGCGCAGGUGCCAGAGACCUGGUUGUCACAAGGGAGCCGAGGGCAAGACGAUCUACUGCAAAGCCCAUGGAGGUGGCCGCCGAUGCCAAUACCUUGGCUGCACAAAGAGUGCUGAAGGCCGAACUGAUUACUGCAUUGCUCAUGGCGGUGGUCGUCGUUGCAGCCAUGGAGGCUGUACUCGAGCUGCAAGGGGGAAAUCUGGUCUAUGCAUCAGGCAUGGUGGUGGCAAGAGGUGCCAGAGGGAGAAUUGCACCAAGAGUGCAGAAGGUCAAUCCGGUCUAUGCAUCUCCCAUGGGGGUGGCCGUCGCUGCCAAUAUCCACAAUGCACUAAGGGUGCACAGGGCAGCACAAUGUUCUGCAAGGCACAUGGUGGAGGUAAGAGGUGCACAUUUCCAGGCUGCACGAAGGGAGCUGAAGGAAGCACUCCCUUCUGUAAGGGGCAUGGUGGAGGGAAGCGCUGUGCAUUCCUAGGCGGUUGUUCCAAGAGUGUGCAUGGUGGGACUCUGUUCUGCGUUGCCCAUGGUGGGGGGAAGAGGUGUGCUGCACCGGAGUGCACUAAGAGUGCCAGAGGGCGGACUAAUUUCUGUGUUCGUCAUGGUGGGGGGAAGCGAUGCAAGUUUGAGGGUUGUGGGAAGAGUGCUCAGGGAAGCACCGAUUUCUGCAAGGCGCAUGGGGGAGGUAAGCGCUGCUCUUGGGGCCAGGCAGGGUCAGUUUUUGGUGCUGGUUGCCCCCCAUGCGAUCGCUUUGCCAGGGGUAAAAUUGGGCUCUGUGCUGCACACACCGCCCAGGUGGAAGACCAUCGCGUUCAUGGUGGCCAUGUAUUGGGAGCUGUCACUGCCCUGUGCUCAUCACCCAUCAAAUCCGAGAAGAUGAAACGGGUUGUUGUUGAUCAAGACAUGUUCACCAAUAUGGAAACCAGCACGCAAAGUCAAUUGACUUGGAGUGGGCUUGAUCAGAAGUCGGCGAUGCAUCCUGUGAAUCCUCUCCAUUCUGGAGUAGUUCCUCUUUCAGAAGGUAGGGUGCAUGGUGGGAGUCUAAUGGCAAUGCUAGCUAGUAAUGCAGGACUUGGGAGCCACUCUGGAAGCCAGGCGGAGAAUGUUGGCUCUGAGCAGAAUGUACCACAUACUUUUGUUCCCAAUUGGUUGUAAAGACAAAGCAGUGAGGUCGGUCUGUUCCCAUUGUCACGCCGUUUGAUUUGGUUCUGGCAUAGUAUGCUCUGUUGUUGUGCUUGGGUUUUUCUGUUUUUCAGCGACUCCAUAUGUGGAAUUGACAAAAUCAAGAUUUUCUCGUUCAUUUGUUGUAUCGGCUGGGACUUGUAUGUAAUUCGAUUGAUUCCCCUUUUGUCAGAUAAAUAAGGGGAAAAGAAAGUUUGGACGAAACUUGUAAGGUGUUUAGCCAGCAAAUUCAGUGUUUUAGGGCACUGGUGUUGGUCCCAUAGUCUUAUUCUUAAUGAAUUGUAGAUAUGGAGUUCUGUGAAUACGUAAUCAACUGUUUAGCUGCUUCAUGUAACCUGUUACACCGAUGA